GUAUCUUGCCUUCCUUUUUGCUUUAGGCCUGCUGGGUUUUGUUGAAAUGGGCAAGUUCAUGAAACCCGGGAAAGUGGUGCUGGUCCUGGCUGGAUGCUACUCUGGACACAAAGCUGUCAUCGUGAAGAACACUGAUGAUGGUACCUUAGAUCACCCCUUCAGCCAUGCUUUGGUGGCAGGAAUUGAUCGCUAUCCCCGAAAAAUGACAGUUAACAUGGGCAAGAAGAAGUUUGCCAAGAGAUCAAAGAUCAAGUCUUUUGUGAAGGUUUAUAACUACAAUCACCUUAUGCCCACAAGGUACUCUGUGAAUAUCCCCUUGGACAAACUGUGGUCAACUGUGGUCAAGGGUAUCUUCAGAGACCCAGCUCUUAAAUGCAAGGCCUGA